CAGUGCCUGAGACUCGCGGGAAGGGGAAGGAGCUGGUGCUGUCCACUGCGCCGCUGGUGCUGAACCCGGGAAUCCCGCCUGCUCGCUCGCUCCGCUCCUCAGCCCUCUUGGCCCCGCCCGCCCCGGAAGGCGUCCCGCCCCCCUCGCUUGCCACUCCGCCCCCCUGGUCAGAAGCAACUUGACCAAGGAGCUUACCGGACGUAAAGGAGGUUUUCUCUCUCUCUCAGUCCCGUGCUGUGUUCCUUGAUGCUCAACUAAACGUGGACAUUUCUUCGGAGUUUUGCCUACCCCAGAUUAUUGGGAUCCUCCUUCCCUCCUCCCCCCCUCUUUUGCAACCUUUUGCAUUUUGGACUUUUCCCCCUCCCCUUUGGUUCCUAAAGCAGAACACCUAAAAAGGAAGAGAAUAUAUAUCCACGAUCCUUGCGACUAACAGGACAUAACAUUCUCCCCCUGCUUCCCUUUGGGGACUUUAGUGACUCUUCGAUCAGGCAGAGGGUCUCGAAAAGAUGUUUAGGUGGUGGACAAUUGUUUCUUUCCUUGGAGGCAUCUUACUGGGUGUGGAAGGAUGGCCAGCAAAAGAAGGAUAUGACUUCAAAAGCUAUCAGCCUCUUGUACGAUUACGCCACAAGCAGGAAAAGAGUCCAGAGAAUUCAAGGAAUAAAGGAUACGUGAAUCAUGAUGCUCACCUUGGAUCGUGUGAAAACAAGUACUGUGGUUUGGGUAGGCACUGUGUUGUUAACAGAGGAACAGGGCAAGCAGAGUGUGUCUGCAUGGAGCACUGCAAGCCUCACUUCAAGCCUGUGUGUGGCUCAGAUGGUGAAUUCUAUGAAAACCACUGUGAAGUACACCGAGCUGCCUGCCUGAAAAAGCAAAAGAUUACCAUCGUUCACAACGAAGACUGCUUCUUCAAAGGGGGUAACUGUAAGUCAAUCGACUACAAUAAGAUGAAAAACUUUCUGCUGGAUCUCCAGAACAGAAGAUACAUGCUACAAACAAGAGAAAGAAGUGUUGAAGAUAAAAUGGCUUUGAAGAAAUUAUUGGUGGAUCAGAUGUUUAAAUAUUAUGAUUCGGACAACAAUGGUCUUGUGGACAGCAAUGAACUGACACAGCUGUCCCCACUCCUGAAUAAGGUAAUAAAACAGGAUGAGCUUGGCAAGGAUCUGUCUGACUGCUCUCUUUUCGAUCUCUUGAAAUAUGAUGAUUAUAAUGGUGACAAGCACCUAGGCCUGGAAGAAUUCUAUAGAGCAUUUCAAGUAAUUCAACUGAGUCUGCCAGAAGAUCAGAAAAUAAGCAUCACUGCAGCAACAGUAGGACAAAGUGCAGUUCUAAGUUGCGCCAUUCAGGGGACCUUGAGACCUCCUAUCAUCUGGAAGCGGAACAAUGUCGCUCUGAACAACUUAGAUUUGGAAGACAUCAAUGAUUUUGGCGAUGAUGGGUCCCUGUACAUUACUAAGAUCACUACAACUCACAUGGGAAAUUACAGCUGCUAUGCAGAUGGCUAUGAUAAACUUUAUCAGACUCAUAUUCUUCAAGUAAAUGUUCCGCCAGUCAUAAGAGUGUUUCCUGAAAGCCAAGCAAGGGAGCCUGGUGUUACAGCCAGCCUUCGGUGCCAUGCAGAGGGUAUCCCCAAUCCAGUGCUUGGCUGGUUGAAGAACGGGAUUGAUAUAACUCCAAAGUUAUCUAAACAGUUAACUCUUCAAGCAAAUGGCAGCGAGGUUCACAUUAGCAAUGUACGCUAUGAAGACACAGGAGCAUACACCUGUAUUGCAAAGAAUGAAGCAGGAGUGGAUGAAGAUAUCUCUUCACUUUUUGUGGAGGAUUCUGCUCGAAAGACACUUGCAAACAUACUGUGGAGAGAGGAAGGUCUGGGAAUUGGGAAUAUGUUCUAUGUAUUUUAUGAAGAUGGAAUCAAAGUGAUACAGCCAGUGGAGUGUGAAUUCCAGAGACAUAUUAAGCCUAGUGAAAAGCUCCUUGGAUUCCAGGAUGAAGUUUGCCCUAAAGCUGAGGGGGAAGAAGUCCAGCAGUGCGUCUGGGCAUCUGCUGUUAAUGUAAAAGACAAGUUUAUAUAUGUAACCCAACCCACCUUAGACAGAGUGCUGAUUGUUGAUGUGCAGUCACAAAAAGUUGUUCAGGCAGUAAGUACAGAUCCCAUUCCAGUCAAACUUCACUACGACAAAUCGCAUGAUCAGGUAUGGGUGCUCAGCUGGGGAAGUUUUGAUAAGAAUUCUCCUACACUACAGGUGAUAACCCAGGCCAGUGGGAGUAUUUCUCAUCAUACUAUUCAUACUCAGCCAGUGGGGAAGCAGUUUGACAGAGUGGAUGACUUUUUCAUUCCAUCUACAACCCUCCUCAUCACUCACAUAAGGUUUGGAUUUAUUCUUCACAAAGAUGAGCCUGUGCUCCAGAAAAUAGAUCUUGAAACUAUGUCGUACAUCAAGACAAUUAGUUUAAAGGAUUACAAUUGUGUUCCAAAGUCUCUGGCUUACACACACCUUGGAGGAUAUUAUUUUAUCAGCUGUAAGCCUGACACCACAGGAGCUGUCCCACCGCAGCUUAUAGUGGACGGUGUUACUGACUCUGUCAUUGGAUACAAUGGUGAUGUAACAGGAACUCCAUAUAUCUCUCCAGAUGGUCACUAUCUAGUCAGCAUUGAUGAUGUGAAAGGUCUCAUGAGGGUCCAGACCAUCACAGUUAGAGGAGAGAUACAGGAUGCCUUUGACAUCCACACCAACUUGCACAUAUCCGAUGUAGCUUUUCAAGCAUCGUUUACCGAAGCCCAUCAAUAUAAUGUAUUUGGUAGCUCCAGCACACAAACUGAUGUGCUUUUUGUAGAAUUGUCCUCUGGCAAGGUGAAGAUGGUGAAGAGUCUUAAGGAGCCUCUUAAGCCGGACGAAUGGCCGUGGAACAGGAAGAACCGCUUAAUUGAAGGCAGCGGGCUCUUUGGUCAGUACCUGAUGACACCUUCUAAGGAAUCCUUGUUUAUUCUGGAUGGACGGCUGAACAAGCUGAAUUGCGAAAUCACUGAAGUUGAGAGAGGAAACACAGUGAUUUGGGUUGGAGAAGCAUAAGGAACCAUGUUAGAUAACAGCCGAGUGAAUAGUUUUACAGUACAUUGCACUUAACUUCAUCCUCUAAAUUGUCACUGUUUUGUUUUGAUUGUGUUUUUUUCUUUUUUAAAAAAAAAGUUAGACCCUUCUGUACAUGUUGUGUGGCUGACUAAAAUCCAAUUUUGGUGAUAUAAAAAAUGCUGGAAUUGUGAGCAAACAUUUUGUGUACUAUUGAUGACCUCCUUAGGGUGAUUUGGCCAAUUGGUGAAAAUAUUAAAUGUUUAAGGGACCCUCUACACAUGAGCCAUGUGUUGACAAAAUGAUGCCACAUUUUAAAAUGAAGGCUUUUAUUUUUAAAGGGGGGGGUCAUGUUGACUUAAUCCUAUUCAUUGAAAUGUUAGGGUACACUCUACGUACAACUUUAGAUUUUUUUUAACUGAAGCAUUUUGUCCUGCCCUGUCCACUAUUUAAUCUUUUUGUGCCUUGAAGGGAAAUGUCUCACACGGAAAGAGAAGCCUAGGAAACAUGUAAUUGUAUUCCCGUUGUGGCUGCAGGCUUUCUUUUUCCCUGAAAAGAAGCUUUUGAUAUCUCAAGUUUUUCAUCUCCAUCAGGUUGUAAAGCAUGGUUUUUUAAGACAAAGGAAAAGUAUAUUUGCAACAUCUCUUGUGUUGUCAUUUUUUUAUUACUGCAGUUUGAGGAUAUGAUUUUUAUUUCAAGUUUCAGUUGAAGUUCUGUUAACUGCUCAUAGAACUUUGACCCCUCUUUUUUUGGAGCAGAGUUAGGCAAUUAUCUCCUCACCCCUAAAAGACUUGCAUCAACAGAGAGUUUUGGUUCUAUGAAAGAAAAAAUGUCAUGCGUAUCUUCUUAGGAAGACAUGUUUUGUCUAACUACCAAUACCAAGAAGAUUCACUUACACUGGCAAAAAAACUGUUAUUUUUUAAAAAACCAAUUUGUUACUAGAGGUGCAUUUUUAAGGAAAUUGUAUAUCAGUGGAACGAAAAAGAUGGAGAUUAACAGCACAAUCCUGUACAUGUCUAAGCCCUAUUGAGUUCAGUGGUCCAUACUCCCAGAUGUGUGUAGGGUUGCAGCGUCAGACAAUGUUUCUAAGCUUCUUAAUGGAAGUAAAAGGUCUAUUGAAAUCAAUGGGACAAACCUCUAAGUAAAUAUGUUUAAGAUCACUUUGCUAGAUGCUAGAGCCUCUACAUGUACAUUGUUUGUCAAAUACCUGAUUUUCCUCGACACUUUUAAUAAAGCUCAGUAAAUUUUCUAUCCUACGCUUCCCAUUAGAUCACUAUUGCAAGGUGUUGUCUUUAUUAUUUCUUUUUGUUUAACGAAUUACUGCUCUAGUUUCGAACAUUGCUUCUACAUCUAUAUAAGGAUAAUAAAGGUUCUAAAAUUUAGAAUCAUUGUAGCCACUAGAAUAAGGGGAAAAUGAGAUCUGCACUCAAAGUUAGCAGUAAAAAAAUUCUUCAGAUUUUCAGUAACAAUAUAGGUGGUUUUGAUUUUUUUUUAAAGAAUGUGUUUCUUUAAAUAAAGCAGGCUUUUCAACAGACCUCUGUUUAUUCAAUGCAGUCAGAAGUUUUAUUCUAAUUCUACCCUAAUGUGUAAAGCUGCUUAAAAAUUUGAAAUUUUCUAGCAUUGUAUUUUCUUGUGUGUAAUUAGCAUUCUGCGCUGUGAUACAGUAGAAUUCUCUUUAGCUUAAGAAAACUGGCAGAUUUAAUUGAAUAAAAGAAUUGACUUACAUUUAUACCUACUGAAUCCUUUUAACAAUUUUUUCCCAUUGUGAGCAAAAAAAAAAAAUCCCCACCACUGCCAUGUAAACUGUUUGUUAUUCAAUGAUUUACAGUCAUCCGUUUCUUCUACAUUAUUUUUUUCUCUAUCUUACACCAUGUGGAUGUUCUGUAUGUAGAAAAUGCUUGAUAACGGAGAAUAAACCCCUUACAUUUUAAA